GAAGCCAUAAUUUAUGGAGCCAGUGAAUGACUGACGUACUGUACGUCUGCAAGAUCCUGUGUGGUUGCAUAAAUUUGGCGGCGCUUUAAUAGAGUCUGUGGUGCAGGUGUAACGUUCGAAUUCGGUGUUUAUUAUUAUUAGUACAGAAGAGAUCGGGACCCCGUAAUUUGUAGUUUUCUUGUAUUGACUUCCCUUGUAUUUUUUGUAGAUGAAGAUCUUGUGUGCUAUCAACAUGGAUACAUCAUCUUGUUCUGGAUCAUAUUCGUAACGAAGAAUUCAAACUGAACUUCGUAUUUAAUAACAAAUGGCAACAUGAAUUACAUCAGUGCAAGAUGACUUGAUACUGUGUGUGAAGCAUUUUGAAUCAUGGAAGGAAGUUAACCACAAACAUUGCAUGAAGGUGUCAGUGUGGGACUACACAAGAAUCCUGCCUGUCACCCACAACCUGGCAUCAUGCAGCCUAUGACUUUAUGCACUACAUGCCAUGGCAGGAACAUUGUGUUAGAGGAUGACCACACAGCCACACGCUCCGGCGGCUCCAGCAAUGGGAUCGUGUUCAGUGCGCAGCCUCAUCCCAUCGGAGAGAAGGUUACGAUGGAGAUCCGAGCGGUUGGUGGCUCCUGGCCAGGGGCUCUCCGCUAUGGCUUCACCAACAAGUCUCCAGGGACACUUCAUGCUGACCAACUCCCUCCAUUUGUGAUGCCACAUCUAUCCUCACAACCAGGCUAUUGGGCCAGGGGGUUGCACUCCCGGCAUAACCAGGAGGGCAAUAUACUCUCAUUUUAUUUGACCAGAGAUAGAGAGGUGUAUUCUUUUGUGAACAAUGAGAACAUUACCACAGACAAACUUUCUCCUCAGGACAUUGAUGUGAACAUGCCUGUGUGGGUCAUCCUAGAUGUUUAUGGCACUACUACUAGUAUAACAAUCAGAGGAGAAGGUGGAGCUCCAUCUGAGAUCCUAUCCCGGGGUCCAGAUGCUAUGGAGGCCUUCAAGCAAGCAGCAACAAACGGGACCAAGCCUAUAUUCAGGACCAGACUCAUGCUUGUGGGCCAUGACCAAGUUGGCAAGACUAGCCUGAAGCGCUCACUUAUGGGCCAAAGAUACAACUCUGAAGAGGUCAGCACGGAUGGGAUUGAUACAAAGGAUACAUGUGAAAUCAAUACCCACAAUGCAACAGGUUGGAAGAAACAAACAGGGCUACAAGAUGAGACAUCAAAAAACAGUCAUGAUGAUUCAUCAAGUCUGCAGGAUAGUUACACACAAGCGUUGGCCCUCAAUAUAGCCAGGGUCCUGUGGAAGAAGAAGAUAUCCCAGGAAGAAAAGGUCAAGAGGUCAAGUCCCAUCAUCCUACCGGAGGAUUCAUCUCAAAGUAAAGAAGAUUCCAAGGAUGAUGUGUGGAUCACUAGUGCCACUGAUAGUAGUAGUGACAAUGCGUCUGAUGAUCAGACUGAUGUAGAGGCUGAACAGCUUGAGGAUCUGGCCAAGUCACUGGAUGAAGUGACCUUUAACCUUGUGACCUCCCAGGUUGAAAGACUUCUCAAGGAAGCAGAGGAUGGCAAGACUGAUCUCCUUGAAGACAUGGAAACACAUCAAGAUGAAUCCAAAAAAAUUAUCUUGAAUAUAUGGGACUUUGCUGGACAAGCAGUCUAUUACACUACCCAUCAGGUCUUUCUUUCAUCUAGAGCAGUUUAUAUUUUAGUUUUCAAUCUAACCCAUGAUCUUGAUGGUUCAGCACAGACACAGAUUCGAAGAGGAAACGAUGCAAUGGAAUACACAGAGAGUGAAUUCAGCAACCUUGAUUUUAUGGAUUAUUGGAUGCACUCAAUCCAUGCACAUACGGCUGAGAAUAGGAAGAAUUCAUUGGCUAAUACUAUGCUAGCUCCUCCUAUCAUUGUGGUUGGAACACACAGGGCUAGCCUUAGCACAGAUCUAGUAGAACAAGCUAGGAUGGUUGAAGAGAAGUUUAUACGGAUACGACAGAGUCUUGUUAGCAAGCCAUAUUAUCCUCACAUCAUUCCUACAUUCUAUGCAGUGGAGAAUAACAUUGAUAAUGGAGAUGAUGAACAGGUUGUAAAGCUUCGUAAGCAUGUAGAAGAUAUUGCCAGCCAAGAGCCUUACAUGGGAGAACACAUACCACUGAAGUGGAUACGAUUUCAGCAGAAGAUAGCAGACUUGGUUUCUCAGGGUAUAAACUACAUGUCAUUAGAUAAUAUGAGCGAGGUUGGAUCCUCCGUAGGAAUCAGUUCUGAAGCUGGCCUUCAGACAAUGCUUCAGUUCUAUCAUGAUCUUGGGAUCAUCAUCUAUUACGGUGGAACUGGGGCUACAGAUACAUCCCUUAGGAAUACAGUCAUACUCAAUCCACAGUGGUUGGUUGAUAUCUUUGGAAGGAUCAUCGCUGUCAAGGAUGUCAAUGAUAAGUUACUGCUGGAUGCUUGGACUAAGCUUGAUGAGUAUGGUAUUCUACAAGACCAACUUCUGGACCAUAUGUGGCAUGAUGUGAUAGACCAGAAGCAAGUCCUGGUGGGUCUCAUGGAAAAGUUUGAUCUGUUAUGCGAACGGCAGACCACAAAUGAGGUACCAAGUCUACAUGAUCCAUCCCAAGCUGUUGAGAGAAGUUACUAUGUGCCUUCAAGAUUACGUGAAUGUCCUGAUCAAGAGGAUCUAAUGGCUGAAACUAAUGCAUCUGUGGCCUUCUAUAUUACUUUCAAUGGCUUUCUUCCUGAUGGUUUGUUCCAUCGCAUCUUGACGCGAGCAGUCCGCUGGAGCCAAGAGCAGGGCGGUAGGGAGCCUCGUCUGUUCUUCAGACAAGCUCGCUUUUUCCUCAAUACUGAACAUGAUGCACUUCUUGAGAUGGCACCUGCUAGGCUAGCCAGAAUUAAGGUCAUGGUGUUAAGUGUUGAUAUAUACGAUGCUGAAGAUCAGAGAACAGAUGUAGCUAAAAGAGUGCAGGCCAGCCAGGAAGCAUGUGCCAAGGUUCGUCACUUCUUAGACAGUACUCUGGCAGACCUUCGGCAGAUGUGCAUGAAGAGAGUACGUUACCAUCUUGUUGUUGCGUGCCCCUGCAACCGGCGCUGCCUGGCUCAUGGGAAACAAGCUUGCCAAGAGAACAAUUGCCUCCAUUUCUUAAACCUUGAAGAAUGCCUUACUAAGAAAGUUGUGAUGUGUGAGUCAAGACGGAUCAGAACCAAUGUCUUUCAGAAGUGGUUUCCUUCAGAGAAAGCAGCUCUCCCUGCCCCCUUGCCAGUCAAAGUGAGUACAACAGAUACCAUCAAAGAGGAGGAUGUACCAUCAUGGGUUCGUGUAGCAGCUAAACUACUUAACUCAGGAGCAGAGAAUGCUGACUGGCUUUCAUUGGCCUAUAGGCUUGGAUACAAGAAGGCCAAGAUACAGAAGCUUACUGAGGAUGAACCAAACCCUGCAUUAUGCAUCCUACUUGACUGGUUCCAAACCAGCGGCAAUACAGCUCUAUCAGUUGAGAUGCUUCUCUCGUACCUAGAGCAGAUGAAGAGGGAUGAUGUCAUAGAGGUCAUUCAGAAAGGUCAAGAUGUGAAUAAGGCGCCCCCUACAGUCUUCAUCAGUUACAACUGGGAUAUUCAGGAAGAUGUGAGGAAUUUAAGAGAUUACUUAGAACGGACUGGUUUUCCUUGCUGGAUGGACAUUGGUCAGAUGGGAGGAGGUGACCAACUCUAUAAUAAGAUCUAUGAAGGCAUUCACAAUGCAAAGGUGUUUGUGUGCUGUAUCACGCCUCAUUACAUCAUCUCAGAGAGUUGUAAUCGAGAGUUAAGCCUUGCUGAUCAGCUCAAGAAACCUAUCAUACCUAUCAUCUUUAAGAAGGUUCCAUGGCCACCUCCUGGGGGUAUGGCCCUCAUUGUAUCUCAGCUCAUCUAUGUUACCUUUGAUGGGGUCGGAGGUCAUGGAGGGUCAGGGGUCAAGGCUGAUAAGGAGAUGAAGUACCAAGAUGUGAUUCAUCAAAUCACACGCUACACCAAACCCAUCCAGGUGGAACCAGCCGUUAAGAUUGAAGACUCUGCCGUUGAGAUCAUCACAACCAACAACUCCAGGUCAGGUGACUCUACAACACCUCAGAGUCUACGUAGCCCAAGCAGAGGGGAGUCCCUUCGUACCCAGAGUAGUCUUGGGAGAGCUAGCCUUGGUGGAGGUGCAGGAGGGCAGAGACAAGCUCAACAGGUGGCAGUUACCAAGUGUACAAUCUGUGCCAUCCUUUGAGAACACUGAUCAAGCAGGUCUUAGGUACACAAUGAUUAGCCUUUGUCGUCAAAUUUACUAUUAUAGUUUCUUGAUUUGCUCUAAUUUUCCCUCUUUAAGUUUCAUAUCUGAAGAGGGUUUUAUACAAUGUCAAUGCUAUAAUUUGAAACAUAGAUUCUUCUUCGGGAGAAAAAUUUUAAGCCUUCAGUUUUCCUGCAUCAAAUGCUUGAUUACAAAGAGAGUAGAAACACUUAUACUAUUUUUUUUUAGAUCUUAAGAUUUUUUUCCAUUCUUGAAAGAGACAUUUGAAUAUCGAGAAAUUCAAUUUAGUUACACAUUAAGAUCCAUGAAUCAUUUGACUUAGAUUAGUGUACCUUUGGCAGCAAAGUCCAAAUGAAUUUGAUAUAUAGAGACUUAAAAUGGAACAAAAAUAAAUGUCAUACUAAAUGAAAUUUUACAUGUUAACCCUUAGUAGGAUUGGCUAUUUUAGGAGAUCAUAUUGCUCAGAGGUUCCAGUGAAUAUCUCCUGUGUAUUUUCUUUUAUGAAUUCAUUAUGAAUUUCUUUGCAUUUGGACCUUUAUAUUAUAUGGCUACACUUUUGUAGCAAUGAAAACCUUUUUAUCAAUACAUUUUUUCUAUUAAUGACAAAAAUAAUGCAUUCCCUAAAUUUAUAUUAAAAGCAGUUGUACCUUUAUUGAAAUUUACACAAAAUUAUGUUUUUGAGUCAUUUUUGGUUUCACGUGCAGAUAAACUGCAUAUCUUGGCUUUUCAAAUUUGAUGUCAAAUGUUGUGCAAGACUUUCAAGGAAAAAGUCAGGAGAUGUUGCAAAUUUUUUACGAUUCAAACUUAUUGUGCAAAACAGUAAGGAGUGAGAGAGCCCUUCGUCAGCCUUCUUAGGGUUAAAGACAUUUGAUUAUAAGAUCGGGAGAUUUAUAUUCAGUAUGAUUAUGAGAUCCCUAAUGUUAUUCAUUGUGUUAAAUUCUGAAAAUAAGAUUUAUGUGUAAUAGGAAUUCUAAUCAACUCGCCGUCCAAUGAAAUAGGCUAGUGAAAAUUCUGUAAAUAGUUAAAUCAUUUUCUGCUAUUUAUUGUCAAUAUAUUUCUAUCGUACUGAAAUGCAGUGUAUAAAAUCAGAGUGAUAUUUUGAAGUGAUUUAGAAACUAUUUAAUGGGGAAUGUACAUUUCCAAAUAAUUUGUGCCUAUCUUGUGAUAAUUGGGAUAUAUUCAUACUGAAUGUACUACAUGUAUUUAGUGUGUUUUUAUUCUAUUCACUUGUCUAAAUGUGCAAGUGAUAUGAAAGCAAGCUGAGAUCUUUUUUAGAGAAGGAUUACAAAAUUAUAAUAUUAUGUGUGAUUUAAGUGUGAUAAAAGGACCUUGAGGCUUUGGAAUUCAUGAGAUUUGUAGUUUUCUGUUUGUCAUUAUCAUGCUAUGACAUACCACCUCCCUGAUUCAUAGUCAAUUUAAAAGUAUUCAUUUGGAUACACAAAAAUCUUUGUAUAGCAUGGGAAAAGAAAUUGUUUUGAUGCUAAAUAAUCCUCAGAUAAUGAUACAGUAAUAAUAUGGACCAUUUUUAUAUACCACAGUUACUACUCUACUGCUCUUGACACUUGGUAUCAUAUUAUUAUCCUGGCUGUAGCAGAGCCGCCAUAUACAGGUGUAGGCCAUCAAGCAAUAGAGGAAUUCCUUUUAGCCAGUAACCCAUUCACUUCAAUUUGGUUGAGUGUAGCACAGUGUGGGUAAUUUUCUUGCUAAAGGAAAACAUGCCCUGGCUGAGAAUUGAACCAAUGUCCCCCAGAUUGGAAGACUCGUGUCAUAAGACCACGACACCCUAUCACAUGCUUUGUUGUGAUCCAGCCAUCCUUAUGUGUAGGAAUGCCAGUGUAUAAUAAAGUUAGAGAAUAAUGAUAGAUUACAGCAUGGAUUAGUGUUUUGGCUGGGAUCAAGUAAUAGGUUUUUGUGGAAGACAAUAGUCACAUCCUGUCAUUAAUUGAUCCAACAGGAUCUUCUUCUGGAAACAGUACAGUCCACUGUCUGGUGUAUUCUUCUGGAUCUCAACCAGAAGAGGCUUAACUGAUAGGAAGUGUAAAUAGACCAACCGCUGUUUAUGCUGGUAAUCCGUCUUUUGUUCCGAGCUACUAUCUAUCAAUAUUCCAUCAUUAUCCUUCUCUAGACUACCCCAAUAACUACUUUUUAAUGCUAUACCUUAAAAGCUCACAUAUAUCAAAUGAUCACUCUUUAAACAAUUAAAUGACUAUGGGUAAGGGUGGCAGUACUAUUUGCAGAUGAUUUGUAGUUGCAUUUAGCUAUGCAGAUUAUCUACAUGUAGGAAUGAAAUGUAAUUUUUAGUAGUUUAAAGAUCAGGUAGACCACUUAAAAUUUGUAUUUGAUAUAGAAUUAAAUUAACAGUUUUGCCAUGUUUGAAGUUAGAAAGUCCUUGUAGUGCAAUACUGUUUGAGUUUUACAUUUACUUUAUCUUGUUUUCAUUUCUUAUAUAAUUGAAUGCUUUCCACCUUGUUACAUGUUUCUUGAUUUUCUUAAGUGAGUGAUUUUAAAAUGUAGUUUGCAUUCAGUCAACAUAUAUUAUGGUAGUAAUAUUAAGAUUGAUAUUUUUAUGCAUAUGAGAGCCUACUAGUCAUUAAUGCACUUUUCGUACGAAUCUGUUUUAAAAAACGAGAGCCAUUGGGGAAAAACGAUUUCCCCCAAUGCAGUAUCAGUCAUUUCCAAGGAAGGUAUUCAUAUAGGCUACUCCUAGUAAACUAAAACAAGAAGUAUAGCCAAAUGCAAUUGCAGAUAUGAACAGAUACAUGCUCACCUAAGCACUUGUGUAGUUAUUGGUACUUAAUUCACGUCUUUUUCAUUGGAUUUUUAAUAUUUGUGUGGAAAGCCACCAUCCCUUUUUACUCAAGCACAGUUGCCCCUUUCAUGUGUAUUUCCAAUCUAUAUUGUACAGAAAGUGCCUAUCUGUUUCAUGUAUACAAUGCUUUCAAUUUUUUUUGAAAGAAAAUACUUAUACAUAUUUAUGGAAUACAGAUCCUUUGACUAUUCUUUGCAGAAGUUUUACUGAUUUUUUUUUACAAAAUAUAAAAUAUGAGUCAAAGACGAUUGAGAAAAAAACUGCUUGUGUCACCUUGGUACAGUAUGACCAAAUAUUUAUUGUGCUUUCACUGAGAGCAACUUUAUUUUAUUUGAUACAUGUAUUCUCUAUACUCUUGUGAUUGGGUACAAUAUAAACAUGUUCUUGUAGUGAUGUGUGCUAUGACAAAAUUAAUAUUAUUGAUGUGAUGAUGCAUUUUGACAAUGUAAAGGAGACAUUGAAACUAUUAUGAGCAUUGGUGGAUCCAGGCAGGGGAUGCCAGCCCUCUCUUUAUUUCAAGGAUCAUCCAUUUUAACAUAUAAAGUUAUUUAUACAAGCCAAUGGAAUAGUGUCAGCCGAUUGCUUAGGAGCAGAUAUGUGCAAAAAUUCCAUUCAUGUAAUAGAGUUAUAAUAAUCCUGCCAUUUGAUAGUGAAAUUACAUAUUACAGACAGAAAUUCAUUUUUUAAAUCUAAUUUUGAAUGUGUAUGCAUGAUAUAUACUCUAAAUCAUUGUUUAAAUAUUCAUGAGGGUAUGGUAUAAUGUAUUCAGAAAUGGAGAUUGACAUCUAGGUACCAACUUUUUAUUACCAGAGGGGCAAAUAAGUUGUGUAUAACUGUAUACGUACUUUAGACUUGAAGGGUAUGAUAAAAUCUCUGAUCUCAGUUACCAUGACAACUGGUCUACAAUCAAACCUAGGUGUCAAUAAUGAUAUAAACAGAUUUUUAAUUUAAAAAAAAAUAGAAAAAAUCUCUCUGCCCAAUAUAAUUUA